UAAAAAAGAUUGUAAGUAAUGAUGCAUUUGCAAGUUGCAAUGUUGGCACAAUUUUCGUUCCCCAUUAAUUGAAAAACAGUUGCUCAAAACACAGCACUUCCUUUCACAUCAGAUACCAUGUCGUUGAACACUUUGAAAGAAACUCUAAAACACUGUUCCAACGUUCCAAUUCCACCCACUACUUCUUCUUCAACAAUCUCUGAUCCCAUCAAUUUUAACCCUUCUCAAAAACCCCGAAGAAUUCCCCCCAAAAUUUCCAUUUCUCAGCAACUUCUUCGCCUACAACACCCUUUCUCACCUCCACUCAAGUUGCGCUCCAAUAAUCCACCCCAGCAACAACAACAGCAGCGUCCCAGAGACGGCGAAUACCGCACGAAUGAAUUACUGAAGGAAGAAACAAACCGAAGUUUUAGAGAUGAAGAUGGUGAAGAUGAAAAGAAAGAGGAAGAGGACGAGAUUAAACAACGAGGGUUUGUGAAACCCAGAUUGGAUGUUUUUCAAUUGGGUGAAACUGGGCCUUAUGUGCCGCUUGUUUUGUCGUCUCCCGGUGAAAUUCCGGUGAUUCAGGUCCCUGCAUCCAUCAAUUGUAGGCUUCUGGAGCACCAAAGGGUAGGAGUUAAAUUCCUAUACCAACUCUACAGAAAUAACCAUGGAGGCAUUCUUGGAGACGACAUGGGAUUGGGAAAGACCAUUCAAACAAUUGCCUUCUUAGCUGCUGUGUUUGGAAAAGAUGGAGAAUCCAGCAAGUCUACAGCUUCAGAGAGAAAUCAGAAGGGUCCUGUGUUGAUAAUGGGUCCAGCAUCAGUUCUAGAGAACUGGGAGAAUGAAUUCUCUACUUGGGCUAAUUUUUCUGUUUCUAUAUGUCAUGGUCCUAAUCGUGACUUAAUUCUUGAUAAAGCGAAGGUUCAGGAAGUUGAGGUAAUGAUAACAAGUUUUGAUACGUUCAGAAUUUAUGGAAAUACCAUUGCAGAGGUUGCAUGGGACAUUGUAAUAGUUGAUGAGGCACAUCGGCUGAAAAAUGAGAAGUCAAAACUAUAUACUGCAUGCCUCAGCAUAAAAACUAAGACAAGGUUCGGUCUAACGGGGACGGUAAUGCAGAAUAAAAUUAUGGAGCUUUUCAAUUUAUUUGACUGGGUUGUACCAGGGUCUUUGGGUACACGAGAACAUUUCCGUGAUUUUUAUGAUGAUCCUCUCAAACUUGGACAGAGGUCCAGUGCUCAUGAAAGGUUUGUCCAGAUUGCUGAUGAGCGUAAACAGCAUCUUGUUGCACUUCUUAGCAGAUACUUAUUAAGGAGGACAAAGGAGGAGACCAUUGGGAAUCUUAUGUUGGGAAAAGAAGAUAAUAUUGUUUUUUGUGAAUUGAGUGAAUUGCAGAAACGAGCCUACAAGAGGAUGUUGCAGCAACCAGAGAUCCAAUGCCUUAUAAACAAGGACCUCCCUUGCUCAUGUGGAAGCCCGCUCACUCAAGGGGAAUGUCAUAACAGGAUAGUACCUGAUGGAAUCAUAUGGAAAUAUCUUCAUAAAGAUAGCCCUGAUGGCUGUAAUUGGUGCCCCAUUUGCGUUAUUCUUCCCUGCAUUCUCAAGCUUCAGCAGAUAAGCAAUCAUCUGGAGCUUAUUAAGCCAAACCCAAAAGAUGACCAGGAGAAACAAAAGAAGGAUGCUGACUUGGCCAAAGAAGUUUUUGGUUUUGAUAUCGAUUUGGUAGGUGGGGGUACUCAAAAUGAAAACUUUAUGGGCCUUAGUGAUGCCAAGGAUUGUGGGAAAAUGAGAGCCCUUGAAAGACUGAUGGCAUCAUGGCUGUCGCACGGUGACAAAGUUCUUUUGUUCAGUCAUUCUGUCAGGAUGCUAGAUAUCCUGGAAAAGUUUCUUACGCGCAAAGGUUAUUCCUUUUUAAGACUCGAUGGGUCUACGCCGACAGGAUCGCGCCAGUCUCUUGUUAAUGACUUCAACUCAAGUCCCAGCAAGCAGGUCUUUCUUGUUUCAACUCGAGCUGGUGGACUUGGGUUAAAUCUAGUAAGCGCUAAUCGUGUAGUGAUAUUUGAUCCAAACUGGAACCCAUCACAUGAUCUGCAGGCCCAAGAUAGAUCAUUUCGUUUGGGCCAGAAGAGGCAUGUAACCGUUUUCCGUCUUAUUGCUGCUGGCUCUCUUGAGGAAUUAGUAUAUACUCGUCAAGUGUACAAACAACAGUUAUCAAACAUUGCUGUUUCUGGGAAGAUGGAAAAGCGGUAUUUUGAAGGCGUUCAGGACAACAAACAAUUUCAGGGUGAGCUUUUUGGAAUAGGUAAUCUGUUUCGAGAUCUUUCUGACAAAUUGUUCACCAGUGACAUAAUUGAAUUGCAUGACAAGCAUGGACAUGAAUCUAUGGAUCCAAAGAACGUGAAUAAUCUUGGGGUACAUUUUGUCCCACCAACAAAAGCAAGUGGAUCUUCUGUGUUAAAAUCUAAAAAGCCACCACUGCUUGAAGAGUUGGGUAUCUUGUAUUCGCAUCGCAACGAACACAUAGUUAACUUUGGAACUGGAACUAGUCUCAUUAAAACUGACGGGGUAUCUCCCUGUAAUGAUUUGAAGGAGCCUCAUAUCCAUCCUAUAGAAGCCAAAGAUUUGGGCAGUGGUUCACAGAAGAAGUCUUCACCUAGAGAAAAUAAAAGGAGGCAAUUUAGUCUAAUUGCUCAGUUCAUGGGUAUGACAGAAAUUAAAUUCAGUAGGUGGGUAAUAUCCGCUGCUCCUUUUGAUCGAGAGGAAGUGCUUCGUGACUACAAGAGGAGAAAGUAGAAGAUAUCCAGUGUUUGAUUCCAAUCUGCAUAUUUCUCUAAUUAAUAUUACAGUUGUGUAUAUAUUGUGCAUAAUUUUUGCUAAACAUACUAUCUUCUGCUACUUGUGUACAUAAUUCUUUUUCUACAAGAAUUGUUUACAUAAAUUCAUCCAAUGUAUAUAACAAAAACUAGUUUUUAUACUCCGUGUAAAAAUGCACUGGAAGUUUUAUGUAGUUAUGUUUUGGUAUA